CACUUCCACCUCCAAACAAAGUUACAAAGUACAUCUCUCCACGAGGCAGCAGAAUUCCAACCCUGUGAUUAGAUCCCGUUAUUCUCUAGAAAGAAUGCCCAAACGUUACGUACCGACCGCCACGCGUGGGGAGGAUGGAGAGACCAUCCCCCAAAAUCCCACUCCCUCAUAUGUCUCAGGAGCCCUGCCCAACCCUGCUGCCGCCAAUGUCAGCAUAUCUAGACUCGCCUGUCCUGUCCCGAAUUGCUCCUUUGUUCUCAAGCCGGGAGCACCCGAUGGGUACCUCUGGAGACAUAUCAAGAACCCUAAGAACUUCCGGUGCACUGGUGGGGAUGAAGAGGCAUGGCUGCAACUCCACAAGGCCGAACUCGACCGGCUUGAAGCUGCAGGAGGUACGGACCCCCGUUUCAGUAAACCCAUCUCUGCGGAGCUAAUAAAAAAUUCAACCUAGCUACCCCAGCACGCCGUAAGCGUGAGGCGAACAAGGUGAGGGCACGGAGGAUGAGAGAACAGAAGAGAUUGAGGGCCGGAUUCGAAUUGCGUGCUAGGAACAUGGGGAUUAGGGAGGAGUUGGUAGCUCAGAAGGUGGCGAUUUGGGAGGGGAUGUCUGUUGCCAGGUGGACUGGUGAUAGUACGGGGGUGAGUAGUCGUUCUGCUCUUUUCCCCUCGGAGGCCAUAGCAAGAUUGUUGCUGACUGAAGGGAACUGAUUAAAGUACUAUGCUUGGAUUCUCUUGGAUUCCUGCGUGAGCCUGUAGGCCUUCCCCAGAUUCCGCAAGCAUUCACGGGCCCGCGCCAUGAAUUCUGUCGAAACAACCUCUAGCCGGAGCCGUUCUCGCCGCGAUCCUUCAAUGCUUCCAGAAGCCAUAGGGCUGCUGUAUUUGGAAGGCACAUGUUAG